GAUGCGGGCGGAGGAGCCGCUGGCGCUGGCGGCCCCGCGGGCGGACGGCGAGGCGGAGGCGGAGGCGCCGGGCGAGGAGCGGAGCGGCAGCAGCUGCUGCAGCAGCGAGCGCCUGGUGAUCAACAUCUCGGGGCUGCGCUUCGAGACGCAGCUGCGGACCCUCUCCAUCUUCCCCGACACGCUGCUGGGCGACCCCAGCCGCCGGGUGCGCUACUUCGACCCGCUCCGCAACGAGUACUUCUUCGACCGCAACCGGCCCAGCUUCGACGCCAUCCUCUACUACUACCAGUCCGGGGGGCGGCUCCGCCGGCCGGUCCAUGUGCCCCUCGACAUCUUCCUGGAGGAGAUCCGCUUCUACCAGCUGGGCCAGGAGGCUAUCGAGACAUUCCGGGAGGACGAGGGCUUCAUCCCAGAGGAGGAGAAGCCCCUGCCCCAGCACCACUUCCAACGCCAGGUCUGGCUGCUCUUUGAGUACCCUGAGAGCUCCGGGCCAGCCCGGGCCAUCGCCAUCGUCUCCGUGCUGGUCAUCCUCAUCUCCAUCGUCAUCUUCUGCCUGGAGACCCUGCCCGAAUUCCGCCAGGAGCCCAAGGGACCCCAGCCUGGCUUCGGGGAGGCUGUUCCUCUCGGGGAUGAGGCACUGCUGCUGCCGCCGCUGCCACCGCCGAGCGGGACCCCUCCGCCCCUGCACCCCACCACCGGCUCCGGCCCGUUCUUCACAGACCCCUUCUUCCUCAUCGAGACCCUGUGCAUCAUCUGGUUCUCCUUUGAGCUCCUUGUGCGCUUCUUCGCCUGCCCCAGCAAGCCCGAGUUCUCCCGCAACAUCAUGAACAUCAUCGACAUCGUGGCCAUCAUCCCCUACUUCAUCACCCUGGGCACCGAGCUGCAGCAGCAGCAGAAGCAGCAGCCCGGGAGCAGCAGCAAUGGGGGCCAGCAGCAAGCCAUGUCCCUGGCCAUCCUCAGAGUCAUCCGCCUGGUCAGAGUCUUCAGGAUCUUCAAGCUCUCCAGGCACUCCAAGGGGCUGCAGAUCUUAGGGAAGACUCUCCAGGCCAGCAUGAGGGAGCUGGGCCUCCUCAUCUUCUUUCUCUUCAUUGGGGUGAUCCUCUUCUCCAGCGCUGUCUACUUUGCAGAGACUGAUGAUCCUGACUCACUGUUCACCAGCAUCCCUGAUGCUUUCUGGUGGGCAGUGGUGUCCAUGACCACUGUGGGCUAUGGGGACAUGUAUCCCAUGACCAUUGGUGGCAAGAUUGUGGGCUCCUUGUGUGCCAUCGCGGGUGUGCUCACCAUUGCCCUCCCUGUCCCUGUCAUCGUGUCCAACUUCAACUACUUCUACCACCGAGAGACUGACCAUGAAGAGCAGUGCCAGUACACCCACGUCACCUGUGGCCAGCAACAGUCACCCUUCUCUGAGCCCAAGAAGGGGGACAGUAAUCAGUCCCUCAGCAAAUCUGAAUUCCUGGAAGCAGAAGACCUGGAGUCCAUGAAAUAUUCCAACUUCAUUCCUCCCAAUAACCAGGGAUAUAAAGAGAAGAAAAUGCUGACAGAGGUGUGAUGGGUUUUGUUGUCCUGGGUCCAGACACAGAGCUGCAAGCUGCUGUUACAGUUGUCUUCCUACAAGCAGCUGGAUCUAUUCAGCAUUUACAUGCCAGAUUGUGGAUUGUGAUACCGUAAACAGAAUGAUUGUGAUAAUGGGCUCUUCUGGCCUGAUUUGCUGUUUCUCAUUACUGUGUGCAGCCAGAAAUGUUCUUGCUUUAUUCCGUGGAGUGCUAGCUGUCAUCCCCACUCCCUUGUGCAUUUCUUUCUCUGCUUUUGAUGACUGCUUUAAUCCAACAUUUGCUCCGAAACCAAGUCUUGUAACUCCACUAGCAGAGAAGUCCUUGCCACUACUUCAGCAGAAGCAUUCAGCAGAGUAAACAGUUAAAGCAGCUACAAACAUCUGGCUCGAGCCAUGCUCUCAGUCCCUGUGCCAGCGCAGUGCCCUUGGCUGUGGAAUCAGUCACGCCUGCCAUGCCAUUGCCUUUGAAUAAUGGAAACGCUGCAGCCAGGAUCACAGGGAGCUCUGCAGCUGUAGGGGAAAGCCGGCAAGCAGAUACCUGCCUUCUUUGCAACCCUUGGCAUGCUAAAAGAUCCUCCUGGUUUGUGUUUCAAAAAAAAAAAAAAAAAGUGCAUAAAUCUAAAAGCUCUUUGCUAUUUGUGACCAUACAUCAUGUAUCAAAAACAAGCUUAAAGCAGUCAACAGGCUUGGUGAAGAUUCUCUGUGUUUUGAGCUUAUCUCAGCCUUAUUUAUGCCAGUGCCCUGAUGUUAAUUGGCUUUUAUAGUACUAACUUAAUCUUCAUAGUGGUAAGUGCCUUCUGAUGCAAGGCAUGUUUGAGUAAAUUCAUUUGUUAUCUGCAGAGUUCAUCUUCACACAAUAGCGUUUAAUGAGAUGUGCUUUGUGCUUCAGAUACCCAGCUCUAUAUUCAGGCAUGGGAGAGCAGUUGACUCCGCUGCUUUUUUUAAUUGAGCAUUGUGUAGCUGAGGGAAGUUUGCAUGUUGGCAUUUUGUUGAUGUGGCAGGAAAAUCCCAACCACAAAGAGCUGUGCACCUGUGCUGUGUGAGGAUCUUGCUGGUUUAGCAAGUCAGAGGCAUAAAAUGCUUCAGGGCAAGUGUGUCAACAUUUGAAACUGAGACUGGCACAGAUACAAACUUCCCUAAGCUGUUUGCACAAAGCCAGUAGCAUCCUCCAGACCCUUUGAAUGAGAGGAGAAACAGCAAGCCCUGAAGAGAUGCUCUUGCUGUAUUGCUGGCCUAGCCAGUUCCUGGUAUUUCAUGGAUAGGAAUGACAGCAGUGUUUUUGUACUUGAUUUUAUGAGAGCAGUUUGUGCCAGCCAUGCAAAAUAUGCAUAGCUUGGCCUGCAGUGCCGGGUUUGUCAAGGGACCAGAGAUUUCUAUCUUCAAAUACAUGUUUUGCUUCCCAGAUAAUUUCAUUAGUUUCAGUCAGCUCUGCCUUACACCUAACGUUAAAAAUGUUUCAAGCUCUGCCAGCAGGUGAGAAAGAAAAAUGUAUGCUUUCAGAUUCCACUGGCAGAUUUUCCUGCAAGGAAAAGUCCUUCUUGUUUGAAUUCUAAGUGUUUGUUCUGCAUUCACAUGUCUGCAUGUGUACAAAAGCAAAGGCACCCAUUAAUGCCUUGCAUCCCACUGUAUGAAAUGCAUAUUGGAAUGUACUACAUAUUGCAUGGGGCACGUGUAAUACAUAAACCAAACAUAAUGCCAAGGUGCAAAAAUACAGAGAAUAUAUUUUGUAUAUAUAUUGUGCUUUCCAGCCAUAAGGCUAAGAAUGCUAAAGGCGUAUCAUAGAACCAUAGAAUGACCUGGGUUGGAAGGGACCUUAAAGAUCAUCUCUUUCCAAAGAAGGACACCUUCCACUAGACCAGGUUGCUCAGAGCACUAUCCUUUAAUAUAGUCAAAACUGGCUAUAGAACUGGUUGUGAGGUGGGAUCUGUUUGCAUCUUCAUUACUCUACCUGUUUUCAGUUGUCUUGAGAUAUUGCUCCAUGCUAGAGUGCUUUUAUUGUGGCCUCUCUCCAUCCUGGCCCUGCUCAUAUGGUAGAAGUUGUUUGUGCAAAUCCUAACUACUCCAUUUCUCCAGAGUCCUCUUGCCUUCUCAAAUGUUUUUAGUGUGCAGGGAUCUCCCUUGGGGUCAGCACACAACCAUUAUAUUAAAACCUUUGCUCUCUCUCUCUCUCUUGCUGAAAUCAGUAGGAAAAUGCCACUUCUCUCAGUCUGGGAGACACAAGUUGGAUGUGGUGAGGACUCAUAGCUCAGAGGGGUUUGCCUGAAUAAAGCCUAAUUUAUCUUUGCUUCAUGUGACUGAGGCAAAGGUUCGUGAAGGUCUGAGCCUUGGGGACCACUCUGCAUCCCUUGACACCUGUAAUCAGCUGGUGGGUAAAUUGUCCUGGUGAAUAAGUGGGACUGAGGGGCAUGGUGCCACCUCUGUUGAUUUUGUGUAAAAGUUGUCCAGUUCUUAGUGUGUCUUAGUCUUGGUGGUGUUCUUAGUUGUGUUUUGGGGUCACCUUAAUGAAAUCUUUACUGUGAGGUGAAGAGAGGGUCUGUUCUUCAAAUUUUCUAUUGCUUGAAACUAGCAAAAGAAGCUGCUAUUUAAGAGGGAUGUUUUGAGGCUGCUGCCCUCUCCCAGCCGAAUGCCCAUGUUUGGGGAUAUUUUAUGCCUGAGUCUAUCAGCUGAUAAAAGCUCCCCCAAAGUAAGAUAUAAAAAACUCAGGUUGAACACAAGUUCAGGAGGAGUCAUGAGACACGCUGAGCCUACGUCAGAAAAUUCCUGGGCUCGUUUCUCCCCCUGGGCCUGGCCCUGUUGGCCCUGCCAGGCAGGAGCCCUCCCUGCCCGGAACAGGUUGUUCUGCUGACCAGCAUGACAGACAGCUGGACAUGGAGACUCUAGCAAGAAAAAACGAUCACUGGUAGCACAAUCCCAGCAUGUCUUACACAGAUCCUCUUGGAAAGAGGUGUUCUGCCCUUGGGUGGAAUCCAGCAGUGAGUUUCCAGUGGGUAUUGGAUUCUCCCACCCACAGAUCGCACCCAAGGUGUAAAGGUAUUUUGUGGUGAGCAAGGCAGCUCUGUGCAGUUUUUGUGAGCCACUUUUGUCAGUUCUGAAAAGAAAAGGGCACAUGAAAAUGUGUAAAGCAGGAGUGUUGUUUGCUCCCUGGGUUUUCCUUGUUGGCUCUAAGGGAAAUACAGACCACCAACAGAAGCAUGGAAACUGUAACCUUGGGACUCAUCUGGGACAUGUAAAUCCUUCUCAAAGCACCUCCUGAAAAGCAGUGAAGUCCCAGAGUCAUCAGUAAUGCUAUACGUUACAGAACUUGUGGAAUCUGACCUUUUUAAAGGAGCCUUCAGAUUUUUUUUUCACGUGACUGAAAUGACACAGUGGCACCCAUUAACUUUAUCAGAGGUCUCAUGCCACCGAAUCACAGAGAUGGUUUCAAAAACCUUAUCUCAAGUUCUCAGCGCUUAGCACUCCCCCCAGCUGCUCAAAAUGCAAGUCAGUUUCCUUCUGAAGGUAGAGCACAUCCCUGUGAAGCCAAGUAGGCACCUCCAGGGACUUGUUUCCAUAACAACCUCCCGGACUGUUUUUCUCUCUCUGUGCUGUGAUUGUGGCUACAAGCAAAAGCACUCGUUGGAUAUUUUGUGUUCAGAUAUCAGCACCUUAUCUUUACAGAUGUUUUCUUUGCCUACUGGAGCUGAUCCCAUCACCUUAUAUCAUGUACAGCUGCCCUGUCCAACUUCAGGUGGGCAGUUUCCAGCCUUCGAAAGCAGGGAGAGCAAACCUGGAGAUGGAAAGAGAUUUUAUUUGUCCAUCCACACAGAGUUGAAGAGUGUGUGAAAUACAAUCUGAGCAGUCAGCCAGGGAGCUGAGGGGCUACUGGUCUGAUGUAGAGUCAUCUGGGUGCCUGGUGACAAGGAAUACAGGCUAAAGCAUUACUUUAAAGAUCCAGAAAUUCCUCUUGCAGCAAUCUCACUAGGAAAUAGUUUUACAGUGGAAGAGACUAUUGCUCCUUCCAGAUCCCCUGGCUGGUUUGUUAUAGUUGGUUCCCCUGAUCAUUUUCCCACAGGAUAUUUUUCACCAAAGCAGGACAGGGCAGAAAUUGUCUCUUUGGAGGUAGGCAAGAAAGGAAGAAAAGGAAGAAUUUUACUGAGGACACCAUUUUUUUAUCCACACAAAGGUCUGGAAGCUCGGAAGGCAUGAAGACCUGUUCUGUGGUGUUUUACUGUUGGACUCUUGCUCUUAACUCCAAGAUGAAAUUCCUGUUCUGCUCCUUAUUGGAAAACAUUGGAAUUUGGGAUUUUUGAGUAAUUUUUUGUUUGGGCCUUUUGAUCCAGCUUUUGUGGAUAAAAAUUCACUGCUACAGCAGGUGUGGAGGUGAAGGUGACUGAACUUGGUCUUCUCUCCUGGGUCCUCUCAUUCAGAGUCCCUAUGGGAUAAAGAAGAGUGAGUGUCAAGAAAAUUCAGGGCAGCAAGAGACAGGGUAAGGAUUGAAGUGUCUUCCACACGGUGAUGGCAAGAGCAGCAUCAACCCUAAAAGCAAAGGAACAAGCAGAUCCAUCAUCUGCUGCUAUUGCAAAAAUAGGUCCUGUUUACAUCAGGGAAAGAUCUGCAGAUUACAGCAGGAGUCAACCACAGCUUUCCCAAAAGCUCUCACCUGACUCAAGUCCAAAAAACAGAUGCUGCCCUCUUUUACACUGGUGCAAUUCUGGAAUAACUCCACUGACGUCAGUGAAGUGACUCCAAAUUUAUCCCCGGCAAAAGCAGAAUUGGACCACAGUCUCUUUGUCUGCCUCUCUGCUCUGGAGCUCUGGGGAAGGUGUGCCACUGCCACAACAUAAGGCUGUUGCACAAUUAAUGACCACCAAUAUGGGAUUAAAGCAGUGUUGAAUCAUCCAGCAGGACCACUGGAAAGAAGGCAUCAUCCUGAAAGAAAGUGUACACAGGAGCUUGUGGUGGAAAAGAAUCCAAGCAGCCAGACACUGAGACCAAAGAAAGAUUCUGAACAAAGUGUGAGUAAUUCACAAAUAGCUUUAGAUCCAGGCAGCAGUAAGAUAAGCCACAGGAGUACUCAGAAGCCCAGACCAGUAGGCCCUGGAAUCCAGGCUGAAAAUACAGCAGACCAUUCAGACUGCUUCCUUGAGAGGUCACAGAGAAGAUAGAAAUCUUUUAAUUUGCAUUUUAAAU